AUAAAAGCGUUUUGUUUUACGUUUCCACGAUGUCUGCGUUUGUCCGACAGUAAAUAACCGGUAGGUCUGCACGGAAAUGUUUAAAUGCUGACGUUGAAGGGAAGUUCAAAGCAAUGUUCCUAUUCGCGUUCAGGAAGAACACGACGUGCAAUGUACAACCGAAUAUAUAAGAAAUUCUUUAUUUCGUUCAUAUUUUAAAAAAGACUUGCAGGAAACGCAAUAGUGAAGGGAAAGUCAAAAGUUUGGUAUAAAUUUACGAGAGCUUGACUCUGUUCUCAGUCAGAUCGAGUCAGUCGAGCUGGUUUCUACUCAGUGGGCGGAUAAUUGAGAUCUUCGAGACCUAACAAUGUUGAGAAUUGCUCUGGUUGUGAUUCUGUUCCAGGUUGUUCUGCAAACUGGUUGCACAGAAGCACUUUGCUGUGAUGAUAUCAGAUCUGAUAUAAAAAAUCAUACCCUCGCUUACAACUUAUUGUGUUCAAAACACGAUCCACAGCUUGGAUCAUGCUGUCGUGUCAUAGAACGGAACAUUCGUAGACAUAAACUGGCGCUCAGAAUACUGUGUCCAAACAACGAAACCGACCAUUGCAAGUCAAACCCUUGCGGUCCUAAUGCUGUUUGUGUCAGUAACACUUACAACUACACAUGCACCUGUAAACCUGGUUAUACUGGUCCAGGAACCAAUUGUACAAAGAUCGGCCCUUGUUCGUCCAAUCCUUGCGACUUCAAUGCUAUAUGCACCAGACAUUCAACCUACUACUACACAUGCACCUGUAAACGUGGUUAUACUGGUCCAGGAACCAAUUGUACAAAGAUCGACCCUUGUUCGUCUAAUCCAUGCAACUUCAAUACUGAUUGUAUCAGUGAUACUUAUUACUAUACUUGUGCUUGCAAACCUGGUUAUACUGGCACAGGAAACAAAUGUACAAAGAUCAACCAUUGCGCGUCCAAUCCUUGCGAUGUCAAUGCUGUUUGUGUCAGUAACACUUACAACUACACAUGCACCUGUAAACUUGGUUAUACUGGUCCAGGAACCAAUUGUACAAAGAUCGACCGUUGCCCGUCCAAUCCUUGCGCCGUCAAUGCUAUUUGUGUCAGUUACUCUAACCACUACACAUGCAUCUGUAAACCUGGUUAUACUGGUCCAGGAACUAAUUGUACAGCUGUUACCGGAAGAAGUUGCGCUAGGCUGUACAACAUUGGAGUAAGAAAAGAUGGUGUUUACACUAUCAAUCCUGAUGGUUUGGGAUCGUUCCAAGUCAGAUGUGAUAUGAGAACAGACGGGGGUGGUUGGACCGUGUUUCAAAGAAGACAAGAUGGUAGUCAAGAUUUCUUCCUUGGAUGGUCAGACUAUAAAGCAGGCUUUGGUGAUCUUAACGGCGAUUUCUGGUUGGGCCUUGAUAAAAUACAUCGUUUAACCAAAUCUGGCCAAAAUGUUUUGAGAGUUGACAUGAUGAAAUUCAGCGGCGAUGAAGGAUAUGCCAAAUACGGUACUUUUAGUGUGGCUGACGAAUCAGAUAAAUACAGAUUGACCGUUGGCAGUUUUUCAGGUAACGCACGUGAUUCCCUUGUUUAUCACAAUCAUAUGCAGUUUACAACCAAAGAUAGUGACAACGACGCAGCUCCCAAUAAUUGUGCACAGGUUGGCAACGGCGCAUGGUGGUACAAGAAUUGCUAUCAUUCCAAUCUCAACGGUAUAUAUCAGCAGCCAGGCCAGACCAGAGAUCACAAAGGGGCAAAAUGGAUCACAUAUGCACCACAUUCUUUGAAAAAGAUGGAAAUGAAAGUUCGUCCGAGCAAGUUUCCACUGAAUGACAACAAAGCUACCGCAACUUUACAGAAUUGUAUUGUAUUCGAUAAUAUAGAAAUUUUGAACUAACAGAGAU